UCGCGAGCCCAGAGGGGCAGCUCUGCACGUGGAGUUGAGGCAAGAGAGAACACGGGAAGGGGGAGAGGCGGGGCUCGGCUUCGCUCCUUUCUCCGUGGCCCCAGCAGUUACGGGAGGGCGGGCCAAGGGGAGACUCGGCCAACGCGCGCGCCCGGGCCCGGACCGCGGCUCCGCCUCCGGCUCCUCCUCGCCCCGCUUUGUUGGCUGUGCCUGUUGGCGGGAAGGCAGCUGCAGCGGCGGGGGCGGCGGCGGCGGCAACAGAGGCAACAAGAUGAGCGGUGACCAGCUUGCUGGCUCGAGCCCCAAUGACUUACCCUGUAAGAAACGGGAUGACUAUUUGGAAUGGCCUGAGUACUUCAUGGCCGUGGCCUUUUUAUCAGCCCAGAGGAGCAAAGAUCCCAACUCCCAGGUUGGUGCUUGCAUUGUAAAUGCAGAAAACAAAAUUGUUGGAAUUGGGUACAAUGGGAUGCCCAAUGGGUGCAGUGAUGACUUGCUUCCCUGGAGCAGGACAGCAGAGAAGAAACUGGACACAAAAUACCCUUAUGUGUGCCAUGCUGAAUUGAAUGCCAUUAUGAACAAGAACUCGGCGGAUGUGAAGGGUUGUACCAUGUAUGUUGCCUUAUUCCCGUGUAAUGAAUGCGCGAAACUCAUCAUCCAGGCAGGUAUAAAAGAAGUUAUUUUUAUGUCUGAUAAAUACCAUGAUAAUGAUGAAACCACAGCUGCAAGGCUCAUGUUUGACUUGGCCGGGAUUAAAUUCAGGAAAUUCACACCCAAGUACAGCAAGAUUGUCAUUGACUUUGAUUCAAUUAACAGCAGACCGAGUCAAAAGCCUUAGUGAGUUACAUCUCAUUAAAACUCUAGAAGAUUGAGAUUAUCCUCUUCUAAGAAGCUGCUAAUGCCUUUCAUCUUGAAGUUACACAUAACUUUUUAAUAGCCCGUACAGCAAAAGUAGACAUCUAAAGAAUAUAAAGCCUCAAAUCUUCCUUACUGUCUCUCUGGUCACAUGGAAUCUACAUCUAUUUAAACUAUUGAUUUGUGAUUUGAAAUGGAGACACAUUGGAGCGUGGGCAAGGAUGGGGUAGUGGUGUUUCUUUUUUUCUUUCUCUAGAAGAAACACGGGGCAGAGAAAAGAAAAAAGAAGGACGUUCAAAUCCAGACUUUGCCAUUUACCAGCUGUAAGUUGGGCAAAUGCCUUAAUCCGUUGACUCUGUGAUGACAGGUCUGGCGUACAUCUUCUGUGGUUCCAUGCUAAGUCUGUUGUAUGUUUCCCCUGGUACUAGGUCAUUGGGGCUGGCUGGGAUUCCCCAGGUCGGCUCUGUGCCAGCUCAGUGCCUUAGUUUAGCAAUGGCCCUUCACCCAUUUAGAGUGUGUCUACUUGUGCUAGAAGACAGAUAAAUAAUUGCUGUUGUCUUCUUAGCGGGGAUGAGCAGACACACUGGGUUGAACAUCUGGUCCCAGUGAAGUAGAACAUGGAAGUGCCCUUGUUAAAAGCGAACUCCGAUUCCAGGCGCCUCUAUAAAAUAGUGCUGGGAGAAGGUCACCCCAAACGUGAUGGCGACAGAUUGAGGACUGCCAGCUUGCCCUUUCAAAUCCUUGACGGAGGGGCAUCCCACUGUAUCAGUAAAUAUGUAUCGAGUGCCUACUUGAACGAUCCAGGCAGUUAGCAUUUGCCUUCCUCACCAGAUCUCAGCAAAAAUAGCUGCUUUUUGGGAACUCAUUUUAUGUCUUUUUAUCAGAUGCUGCAUUUAAUUCGUCUUGUUCUUAAGAGUUCUUUAUGGGGGCAUCUGGGUAGCUCAGUGGAUUGAGAGCCAGGUCUAGAGACGGGAGGGAGGUCCUAGGUUCAAAUUUGGCCUCAGACGCUUCCCAGCUGUGUCACUUGACCCCCCUUGCCUAGCCCUUACCACUCUUCUGCCUUGGAACCAAUAUACGGUAUUGACUCCAAGACGGAAGGUGAGGCUUAAAAAAAAAAAAAGAGUUCUUGAUACUGUUGGUUGAAUGGAAGACCUGUUCCUGAUCCUAAAAACACUCUUAAUUUAAUUGUUUGUAGCUUUCAGGUCGAGGACUCAAAAGUUUUUCACUCAGAGUCUAAAGACGAGAACUGAAAAGUUUCAAGAGACUUCAGAUAGUCAUCUAACCUUUUAUUUAACAAUUGAGGCAAAAAGAAGGGGGGAAGUGAGUUGCCCAGAUUCACCCAAGGAAUUAAUAUCAGAACUAUCAUUCCAACCCAGAACUCCAAAUCCAUUAUUCUUUCUCUUCCCCUGUCUUUUCUGCUGUCCCCACACCCGAGGAUAGGUUCUGUCUGUCCUCUUAUCGUCCACCUUUGUUCAACACCUGGGUUAUCUCUACCAUGAGAUAGAACUGAAAAUAAAAGCUGUGGAGGCAGUCUGUUCUAGCUAGAGUGGUGACUUGGGUGUUUUUAAUCACACUGCCUCAUUGCCUUUGUCUUCAAAAAUAUUGCUUAACCAAACAGCCUCACUAAUCAGCACGAGGCUAGGGAAUGCGUGUCAGUGCACCUUGUCUUUUAUCUAAUUUAAUUUUUUAUUAGCGGUUUAGUACUUUUGUUUAGAAAUGUCUCUCUUCUGGAGAGUGUUCCUCGCUUUCUUUCUCUCUCUCCCCCCCCUCCCCCCUCCCCCCCCCCAUCCCUCUCCCUCUCCCUCUCCCUCUCUCCCUGUCCCUCUCUCCCUCUCCCUCUCCCUCUCCCUCUCUCCCUCUCCCUCUCCCUCUCCCUCUCCCUCUCCCUCUCCCUCUCCCUCUCCCUCUCUCCCUCUCUCCCUCUCUCCCUCUCCUUCCCUCCCUCUCCUAUUUUGCUGAACUUUUUGUCUCCAAGGUUUUUGUGCUCUAUAUUUUCAAUCCUUAUGCAAUUUGGCAUUUUACCAGUUUUAUUAAAAUCUUACUGAAAUGUCCUAACUGAAGUGUGCUCAUCAUUGUAGUAUCAUAUUGUGUGUUUAAUUCUAUAGUUCCUGCCAUGGUUGUUAGUGGUGCCUGGAGCACAACAGACCUAAUACAUACUUUUCAAACUUCUAAAAACUUCCCCAAACAAGCUACUCACAUUGUAGAUUUUCUUCAGGGAAAAUCCAAGGUGAUACCUUUUUCUGGGCUAGAUUUUUAAAAUAAAUAAAUCAGAUUUCCAUGAGGUAUUUGUGUAUAUUUAUGGUGGAGCCAGAGGGGCAGCCAAGUGCCACAGAGUGCUGGACUUAAGAAAAAUGGCAAACUACUUCAGUGAGAUAACCCCAAAUGGGGGUCAUGAAGAAUUAGACAUAACUUAAACAACAAGCGUGGGGCCCAGAACUCUGACUGUGGGGAAGGAAUGUUGAUCCUUGCCUUACUUUUCAGACUAGAUUCAGGGACCCCUCCCCCCCAAAUAUAGCAAUGGAACAGAUAAAAACUCUCAACUGUAACACUCUCCACUGUGUGUGAUUCAGUAGGCCAGUGUGGUGCCAUGUUUGCACAUAGUCCAUGUGGGCAAGAAUAAAGGUUAAAAUGUGUAGGGUUAAGCAAGGAGGAUUAACCCCACUGCCUCUGCUGCAACUAGGACUAGAUUUUUCCAGCGGGCACCAAUAUGUGACCUAGAUCACCAGGAUUAGCAGACGUUGAGCCAACACAGAUUCUUCCAGUUAGAGGCAGAAUAUUGUCCCAAUUCCAGCUCGGGAACUGGAACAAAGCAGCUAGGAUGUGUCUGAGGCCAAAUUUGAACCCAGAAAAAUCCCCGUUUUUAGACCUGGCUGUCAAUCCACUGAGCCAUCCAGCUGCCCCCUUCCCCUGACCCAGGUGAGGUUUUUUGCAGAAGGUGGGACCUAAUGUGAAGUUCUCUUACAUAAAGAUGCCAGGAAGCAGAGAUGAAGGAGGAGAAAAUACCCAGCAUGGGUGACAGUGAAAAUGCAGGGUCAAGAGAUAGUAUCUUUUUUGAGGAACAUCAGAAAGCCCAGAGUACACUGGAGGGGACUGUAAUAAGGCAUGAGAAGACUAGGGCUUGGACUCUUGUCUCCCAAGCAAUGGGAAAAGGAUUCUUGAGGGCGGAAGGCUCAGGAGAGGGAUGUUGACCUUCCAUGUCCAAGUUUAGAAGGAAGGAGAUGGAGAAAGGUGAACAAGAAAACCUCAUUUCCUUUUUCUCUGUGCAACCCUUGGGACAGUGCUCUGUAGCCACUCAAAGUGUGGAAGAAGCAGAUCUAGAAGAACAGUUAUUCAAGGAUAACAACAUUUUAUAAAUGGAGAAUUGAAAGACCUAAGAACCCUGCUCAACCUAGCAGUCAGUGAAGACUGGAGGACCUAUGAUCAAGAACGCUGUGGAUCCAAUGUGAAAUAUGAAAGGCAUUUUUUUUAGACAUGGUCACUAGGGGAAUUAGUUUGACUUGAAGACACAUUUUUUACAAGGGUUUUGCUUUUCUUUUGGGGGAGGGAGGGGUAAGGAGGUGUCGAAAGGGGGAGGAAAUAAAUGCUUUGUUAAUUUUCUGAGGACCUCCAUCAAUGACCAUAGACUGAUGAGGAGGGAGUCUUUGCCUUAGAUGUUCUUUGGAAGUCUUAUCUGGAGUAGGUUGUUCCUUCAAGGGAACUGAGACCAAGAGGUUUAACCAUACCUUUUGCCAUGGUUUAGAUCAGAAAUUCACAAAGUGAUCUUAUCCAUGGGGUUUCAUAGACCAUCAUUGCAUGUAAAACCAAUAAGACCUUGACCCAACACAUUUCCUACUCUUAUUUUUUAGACUUCAACAACAUACACUCCUAUGUCAGUGUGGUGGAUAGAGGUGUGUCCUUGAAGUUAGGAAGAUUUGGAUUUCAGUCCCAUGUAACCCUGGGCAAGCCUCUUAGUCUUACGGUGCCUCAGUUUCCUUAUUUGUAAAAUGAUGGAGUUGGACACCAUGACUUCUAAGGACCCUCCUAACACUAAAUCUAUGCUCUUAUGUUCUCUUUAAGUGCCUAUUUCAAAAUCAAUUGAGCCCCUGCCCUUUCUGGACGUUGGAAUGGGACAGUUUUCUAUUCCUAUAUGUUCAACUAAUUCACUGAGGUGGGAAGCUCUCCUGCCUAUGACAAAAUGGAGUUGGUUGGUGUGGAAAUUGAGAGAACCAAUUCGAUUCUGCCUCCUGGACACUGACACUAUUAUCCUCCAUCUUAUUUUUCUGCAAUUCAUCCAUUGGAAACCAGAUGGUAUAGGCUGUCAUUUGAUAAAUGCAGGUGAAUGCAAUUAAUCUCAGUUCUGGGAAAGGAAAGACCCCCAAACCUAUUUGUCCUUCCCUCCUCCAAACGUGGAAAUGCCCUAAUCUUUCCUCUAAUUAGAAAUCAGAUGACCUAAUUUUGUAUCCUGGCUUAUAUCCUGUUGUUUUCUUUUCAUUAAUUUGUUUUGUUUGAUUCAUUGUUUUUAAUACAUAAAAAUCUGUCUCUGUAUUCAGUCUUUGGACUGACUGAGGGGUCCAUUGACCCAUUUAAUAUGCCCCUUUUCCUAAUAAAUUGUAUUGCUUA